AUGGAGAAAAUCGAUGUCAGGAUGGACGGCGGGCCGGGGUGCGCUCUGCCGCCGGAAGCACACGCUUUCCCGGCGGAGGACGGUGGCGCUACGAGGAUCGAGACACCUUUCUCUGUGUCGUUGAGCGUGCGGGCCCACCACCCCGCCGUGCCGCUGAGGCAGGCUCGUCAACACUCGCUGCCGUCCCCGGCAGUCAGAGGCAGAGCCGAGGCGCCGGCCGUGCAGCGGAGCGGCACGACGCGGGAGCGGGACCGGCGGUUCGACCGCUUAAGGACCUUCUCUGGCCGCCUCGAACGCCAGCUCUCCACCAUCCGCGGCCUGUCGCGGGAGCUGCCGGCUGCUGACCUCGAGCGCGGCAUCGCCAAGCUCUCUGAGGAGGAGGAGGCCGACGAGGACGGCAAUGUCCCCACCGCCGAUCGCUACUUCGCCGCCCUCCAAGGCGCCGAGCUCGACACCCUUCGCCCGACGGAGGUGGCGUCGCUGCCAAGGGACGAGUUGUGGCCUUUCUUGCUUCGGUUCCCCAUCAGCACCUUCGGGAUGUGCCUCGGCGUCAGCAGCCAGGCGAUGCUAUGGAAGACGCUCGAGUCAGAGCCCUCCAUGGCCUUCCUCCGCGUGCGCCCCGCCGCCAACCACGUCCUCUGGUGGGUCUCUGCUGCCCUCACCGCCGUCGUCUCCAUCGUCUACCUCCUCAAGGUCGUCUUCUACUUCGAGGCCGUCCGCCGCGAGUUCCACCAUCCGGUCCGCGUCAACUUCUUCUUCGCCCCUUGGGUCGCAUGCCUCUUCCUCGUCAAGGGGGUGCCCCGCCCGGAGUGGGAGAUCCACCAUGUCUUCUGGUACCUCCUCAUGGCGCCCAUCCUAUGCCUCGACCUCAAGAUCUACGGCCAGUGGAUGUCCAGCGGCGAGCGGCGCCUCUCCAAGGUGGCCAACCCGUCAAACCACCUCGCCGUCGUCGGCAACUUUGUUGGUGCGCUACUCGGCGCCAGGAUGGGCCUCCGGGAGCUGCCCGUCUUCUUCUUUGCUGUCGGGUUGGCUCACUAUGCGAUGCUAUUCGUCACACUCUACCAACGCCUCCCCACAACCGCGCAGCUCCCCAAGGAGCUCCACCCGGUCUUCUUCCUCUUCGUCGCAGCACCUAGUGUCGCGUCCAUGGCAUGGGCGAGGAUCUCCGGCGAGUUCAACAACGGCGCCAAGCUCCUAUACUUUGUAUCGCUCUUCCUCCAUGUAUCGUUGGUGGUGCGGGUCAACCUGUUUCGGGGGUUAAGGUUCUCGCUGGCUUGGUGGGCAUACACGUUCCCGAUGACCAGUGUUGCCCUAGCGACGGUGUUGUAUGCAUCGGAGGUGGGCAACAUACUCACACAAAUGCUUGCGCUCGGGCUAUCGGGAAUUGCCGUUGUCACCGUCAUCGGCGUGUUGGCCACCACCGUAUACCAUGCCUUUGUGUGUGGAGACCUGUUCCCCAACGACGUUUCCAUCGCCAUCACGCAGAAGAGGCCCAAGUUUAGCAACAUACUUGCGCACCUCCGCUCGCCCACUCCGGCAUCAAGUAGCUCAUCAUCUACAUCAUUAUUUCAUUUGCAAGCACGACACCUUCUUUGA